AUGACCGACUACUUGACCAAGCUCCCUACCGAACUCUUCCUCGACAUCUGCCAGCGCGUCCAGGACGCGAAGCAGGGCCCGUACCUCGGAGCCGUCUCGAAGGCGUUCCUCCGUCUCGCGCGAGAGGCGACUUUCGGCGACACGACAGUCAGGACGUACGACCGCCUGCAGAAGCUGUGCGACAUGGCGAAAUGCGCGUCAGACGUCGUUCUGUCGAUCCGAACUCUUCGACUCGAGCUUGAGGACGCCAAAGAUCUCGACCUCCCCAAAUCGAAGGAAUUGACGGCAUUGUUCCAGUCCCUCGUCAACACGACUGCGCUGGACGUGCGAGGCUCCAGUCGCAUUGCCAAGAUGGUCCUUGCGCCUCGCAAGGGCCGCCCUCCAGCCACUCGUCGCUCGGUGCGUAGCCUACUGGACCGUCGCUUCGCGUCGGAGGCUAACUUGGACUCGCGCCGCUCCGCAGCUCGCACGCACACAUCCUCCUCGUCGCUUCCCUCGGAUCCCUCGACUCCUCGAGAUCUGCUCCACGAUCGUCUAGUGCCAGCUAGACCGUCUCCUCCUCAGGCAGCUCCGCUCCCGCUUGCUUGCCUUUCAGCGACCGAGGUCUCCAUCUUCCUCAUGGUCUCAACCGGCUCGACCACGCCCAUCUCUCUCUUCGGAACCGACAAGGCCACGACCCGCGCCAUCUUAGUUGCCCUUAUCGCCUACGUCAAUGCACCGAAUCAGCAGACGAGCGACGGCGUCACUGCCCUCAUUCAGCCGCUUCAAGGCGACGGCCGUUUGUACUGGGCUCGCUUCGCCAAAGGGGUCUCGACAGCCCGAACCGCCCUCGUGGCCAACGACGCCGGCGAGCUCCCCUUCCGCGACAUGGACAUCGACGCGACUGUCCCGCUCUUCGCCCAAGUCGUUCGCGAGCGGAACAUCGGCCUCUUCGAUAACCCGGACAACAUCCUCCACCUCUUCACCAAAGACGGGAAGCCUCGUUCUCGCGCGCCUUCAGCCCCAGCGGGCGAGCGUGGAGGAGGAAGCGCCAGCAGCGCCGCGCGUUCACACGCUAGCUCGUCCGGCGCGGGUCAAGGCGGCCCUUCGCUCAACGCCCAGCUCGACGAGCUCCUCGACAAAGGCGAGGACGACCAGCCGCAGCCUCGUUCCAAGGGCAAGGACACCGGUCGGCCCGCCGGCACGAGCCGCAAGGCCAACCGCCCUCGCGCAGCCGACUUCGAUAGCGGCGCAGGAGCCGGCGGCGACAACAGCGGCGACCCGUCGGACGGCGGCGGCGAUUCGUCGGACGAGGACGAAGACUACGGCCAGCGUCGCCCAGCGGACAGCGACGAGGACGAGCCGGACCUCAAAGUCGACAAGGGCAUCUCGAACGACGUCCUCGCCCAAGCCGCUGCCAAUCUCAGCACGAGCAACGCCGUCCAGCUUGACCGCGUACCCGACAUCGCUCUCAAGACGUACGAGCUCGCCCAAGCCUACCGCAAUUCGAAGUUCAAGAGCGUCGUCAAGACUCGCGCGCAGAAUGAGGCUGCCGCAAUGCCUGUCGCCGCUGCAGAAGCCAUCAUCAAGGGCUUGCCGGUCGAUUACGGGCAGAUCUACGCGCACAAGCCCGGCCAUCGCUCGGUUGCUCACGUCGGCGGCGACCUCUUCGUCGACAAACCACCUCCCUCGACCAAGAUCCCGGACAUCCUCUCGUGGCUAUUCGUCUUCGACAAAGUCACGAGGCUCACAGUCGAGAUGUACCGGCACCGGCGCAAGGAGCUCGAACGGUACCGAGAAUGGUUCAUGGGCAGUUGCUACGCUCGCCCCGACCUCUUCGCCCAGUACCGCGACUACGACGACGACUACCGUCGCAACUUCGGCACGUUCGGCUACGGAUGGACGCUCGACGAUGCUCGAGUCGACAGCGCCGCUCAGAUGCGGUUCAUCAACUUCUCCCCGACGCACGCCUCGUCGUCCGGAGGAAGCGGCUCCCACGCUCUUACGGGUACGACUACCCAAACGACAUUUGCGCGCGGUUCAACGAAGGCGAAGACCACGACCGCGUCGACUGCAACCGGCGCAAGCCGCGCCGUCGUCAUAUCUGUGCUGCUUGCGGCAGCGCUGGCCAUGGGCGGCUCGACCCGGCCUGCCCUAAGCGCUCAGGAGGCGCCGGAGGAGGAAACCCUAAUCCAGUCGCUCCUUUCUCGGUCAGGAAGUGAGGAGGAGGAUACGAUUCGCGAGGGCUACCGACUCGCCGGUACGAGCUCCACCCCUCGCCUUCGACGCGGCCUCUUCUUCGCUUCCUCCUCUCCGUCGACGCCGGCCGUCGACCGCACCGCCGACCCAACUCUCGAGCCUCCGCUACCAUCCAUCCCUGCUUCCGUCCUCUCCGACCCCGUCACCUCAAGCACGUUGGCGCAGGCGCCGCAUCUCUUCAACGUCUCUUCACCCAUCGACCAGGACAGGCUUCGGAUGUGGCUGGCACCGCAUCCGAACCGCCCGCUCGUCGAGUCGAUCCUCCUCGGGUUCGAGCAGGGCUUCUGGCCCGGCCACUCGGGCGAAUUCGACCUCUCCGACUCGCCGCCUCACGAUAUCGAGGACGACGACCACGACCUGCUCAACACGCAGCUCGCAAAGGACUACGACAAGGGUUACCUCUCCGAGUCCUUCACUACCCUCCUUCCCGGCAUGGUCGUCUCGCCUAUGUUCGUCGUCAGGCUCGACAAGCGCAAGCCUCGCGCCGUCGUCGACAUGUCAGCUUCCGGUCUGAACAACGGCGUCUCGCGGGAGGUCGCCAGAACGUACUACGACACGAUCAGCGAACUCGGGCGCCUCAUGCGGCAUCGACGUCUCCGCGGCGAGGACUCGCGAGGCGUGCUGUGGAAGAGCGACGUGUCGGGCGCUUUCCGUACGAUCCCUGUCGCACCGCAAUGGCAACUCAAGCAGGUUCACCGUUCUCGAGUCUGGGACGCUCGCAAGAAUCGGUACCGCUUCGUCUACUACGUCGACCACAGGCUCGUCUUCGGCGGUCGCUUUUCGCCCAAGCUCUGGUGCACGGUUAUCAACACAAUCCACUGGUGCAUCCGGCAUCGCCUAGGGCUCGAGUUUCCCCUCCUGUUCGUUGACGACACCUUCGGCUACGACGUCUCUGGCAAGACCGUCACUGUCCAACAUCCGGAGACCGGCGAAUCCCGCGCCGUCCCGCUCGAGCAAGGAACGGUGCUCGUCGCGUGGAAGACACUGGGUGUUCCCUGGGAAUGGGAUAAGCAAGAGAGCGGGUCGUCGCUCAUCAUCCUCGGGCACCUCGUCGACGGCCCUUCGCUCACGGUCACGCUGCCCGCUCAAGCUCGUGCCGACUUCGUCGCCUUCGUCCAAGCGUUCAUCGCUCAGGGUGAACCGCCGCUCCGAGACUGGUGGCGCCUAACGGGGUACGCCCAGUGGGCUUCAACGACGAACCCUUGGAUCCGCUUCACUCUGCGCUCGCUCUACGACAAAACCGCCGGGAAAACGCGUCCCCGAGGCCUCGUUCCGCUCAACGACCAAAACCGGCGCGACUUGCGGCAACUUAUCGACGAGCUGGAGAACAGCCCUCCGCUUUACCUCCUCGAUCCCGCUCUCGAACCUUGGAGCGGACGCGAGGCCGACAUCAUUGCGUACACUGACGCCUGCCUACACGGGGCCAACGGGUCAACAGGCCUAGGAGCCUGGUGGAAGUCCUCGCCGGACGGACCUCGGCUGGCCUUCUCAAGUCGCCUUCCUUUGCCUCUCGACGGCAUCGCUCUUGCCGAAGCUCGCGCGGUACACGACGCAAUCAUGCUCGUGCUCGAGCGGAACCCCGACUUGAGGCGGCUGCUCGUGCGCUCCGAUAGCGCCUCGUCCGUCUACGCCUUCGACUCGGGAUCCGCGAAGGACGACAUACAGCCACUCGUCUCAUCUGCCUACGACGCGCUGCGGCAGCGGAAGGUUGAUCUUCGCAUCGAGCACAUCCCAGGCGACCGCAACGUCACAGCAGAUAAGCUCAACCCUCUCCGCAUCGCCAUCGCGGGAGAGGGCAGCGCAAUGAGCCGCUACGCUCCGAGGAGUCGUCAAGUGCGGAUCUCCAAGCGCUCGCAAUUCCCCUCCUCUCGCUCGGCUCGCCAGCCGAACCCUUCCCUCGCGGCACUCGAGGCGGAAGCCGACAGUUUCAUCCAGCACUCGCGCGAGGCGUCCACUCGCCGCUCGUACACCCAAGACCUCAAGAACCAUUGGUUCCCUUUCCUCCGCAUCUACAAGUUCAGUCCACGCCCGACGGCGUACAAACUCAAGCUCUUCGUUGUCUGGUGCAGUCAUCGGAUACGAGGCGUCCAGAAGGUCCUCUCCGCACUGAGAUGGCACCAUCGCUUCUCGGAUGAGGAGUGGGCUUCGAUCCGCAGUCACCCGGACGUCCGCGACGCGCUCCGCGGCUUCGCCAAGCGCAACCCGCACACACCGAAGCGUGCACCGCCGCUCCUGCCGGAACACCUCCGCGCCUUCGUCGCGCACGCAUUGCGACCCGGAGCUUCGUACGACGACCUGCUGGCAGCAGCGAUGGCUACCGUCGGCUUUUGCGGCCUGAUGCGCCUCGGAACGAUGGUGCGUGCCAAUCGCACAGCGGAACGCGACCCGAGGAAGUACAUUCGCCGCGACUCAGUCGCUUUCCAGUCGGAAACCGCCUUCUCUUUUUUCCUCCCCUACGACAAGCAGGACUACCUUUGGCAGGGCGCGACAAUCUCGAUCAUCUCGCAGAACGGCAUCGUCGACUUCGACUGCGUCAAGCUGUUCCGGCUGUACCUCAAACGACGCGACUCGCUCUUCCCCACCCACCCCUACUUCUUCACUCGCCACGACGCCCUCCCACCGCCUCGGUCCUUCUUCAGCAGUCGCCUUCGCCUCCUCGCUCCCGGCUGCACGGGUCACAGCCUGCGCGCCGGCGGCGCUACCUUCCUCGCCUCGCUCGGUGUCCACUCGGACGUGAUCAAGCGUUGCGGUCGCUGGUCGUCCAAGGCGUGGGAGAUCUACAUCCGAUCAGACCCAGCCAUCGCUGCCUCUAUCCUUCGAGUCGACUUCGCACGCCUCGCCUAA